AUCAAAUGCAGGAGAAUGCGUGACCACUUUACUGUUGUUUCCGUGGUGCAUUCAUGGCUGCUUCAGUCUUACACUGAAGUGUUUGAAAAGGCGCUUGGGCGGCUACCCUUUGGAGGUUAUUCCCGGCAAUACCUGGAAUUCCGUCAUCCGGUGCAGAUGGAUCUCCGGCCGAGGCAACGGCAGUCUUUCACCGGCUUUACGGAAGCUGAGGUCGAGAAGAUGGAGGAAUAUUUUAAAGAAUCGAAAGAACGCACUUUGGACCAUGAGUUUUGCAAGAAUCUGGCUAGAGGUUUCAAUCGUUCCAGUGGCCGUGCCAGCAAACCUGCCGUGAAGUGGACGGAGAUUGAAAAUUGGUUUCGGGAGAAACAUGAAAUCUUUAACACAAUUCCCUUAGAUGAAGCCAAUAACCCAAAUGUGGUUCCACAAGCUUCUGUUCCACAAGCUUCUGCUCCACAAGCUUCUGCUCAGAAAGUUAUUGAAGAAAGUGAGGACGAGAAGGGCGAAGAGAUCUCAGGGUUGGAAUUUGAAGCAAGGUCCACCAAGGACGGUGCAUGGUACGAUGUUGAUGCAUUUCUUUCCCAUAGAUUUCUCAGUUCUGAGGAAAUUGAAGUUUGUGUUAGAUUUGUCGGGUUUGGAUCAGAUGAAGAUGAAUGGGUGAGCGUGAGGGAUGUGCGAGAACGUUCUGUUACUUUGGAGCAUUCAGAAUGUCAAAAACUGAAGGUUGGGGAUCGAGUAUUGUGCUUCCAGGAGAGAGAAGAUGAAGCAAAGUAUUACGAGGCUCAUAUAGUAGAGAUCGAAAAGAGAUGGCAUGAUAUAAGAGGUUGCAGGUGCCGUUUCUUGGUUAGAUAUGGCCAUGAUAAUUCUGAGGAGACAGUUCAAUUGAGGAGACUAUGCUGCCGGCCCAGUGUACUCGCAAGAUUCGAUUAACUCGACUGCGAUGCAUCCUUGAUACACACAUCAGAGCACUUGUGGCCUUCCGUUUUGCUGUGGAUUUAAGGUGAUUAUUUCUUAUUAGCCAUAGUCCUUUUGCUGGUCCUGCUAGAGUUAUACAAAGCUUUAUUGUUGUUGUUGUUGUUGUUGUGUGUAUAUAUAUAUAGGCAGAGAAGGGGGGGUGGGGGGCGGGGUGGGAGGUGUUUUCUGUUUGUGGUGGCAUCCUAUGCUCAUUUUAGUUCUCAGAUUAGCAGUGGCCUGACUGGCAUGGUUUGAUGUUUGUAUUCUGCUCUGCGUGCUCCAAAAACUGACAAAUAUAUUGGGAUGAAUUUGAUAGCUGAUUGUGACCAAGGUAAGGUAUUAUUAGGAUUUUAGUAUUAAUUAAUAAUGCAAAUAUUCCUGUGUGGAAAUAUCAGGUUUCCCCAUUAGAUAAUACUCUAAUUUUUUUAACUUAUUGACUU